ACCCAAUCGCCAUAACCAUAACCAUAACUAUAACCAGUUUCACGAGCUCACCAACAAAUCCUCCUUCCGCAUUGCAUUGCAUUCAAUGCUGCCAUUAAAAUCAAACCUCUCCUCAACCCCCAACACACAUGUAUUCAAUUAAUCCCUCACCUGCCAUGCCAUGCCUUCCCUUUUGCCCCAAAUUCGUCUAUAUAUAUAAUUCACCAGCUUUUCAGUCCUAACCCUAAUUCGACGAACAGCUAUGGACCUCUCGUAUUAUUGCACUACCUCCCAAUUUAAAUACGCGGUGCUAGCGGUUACUACUACGGCGUCGUACCUGAUAUUAUUAGGUUCCGCCGGGAAGGUUCCGGGCGUGAUUGUGUUCGGAGAUUCCUCGGUAGACGCCGGAAAUAACAACCAGAUCUCGACGGUGCUGAAGAGCAAUUUCCGGCCCUACGGCCGCGAUUUCUUCGGCGGGCGUCCGACCGGGAGAUUCUCGAACGGAAGGAUUCCGCCGGACUUCAUCUCGGAGGCGCUGGGGCUGAGGCCGUUCGUGCCGGCCUACUUGGAUCCGCAGUUUAACAUAUCGGACUUCGCCGCCGGCGUUUGUUUCGCCUCCGCCGGCACCGGUUUUGACAACGCCACUUCUAACGUCCUUAAUGUGAUACCGUUGUGGCAAGAACUUGAAUAUUAUAAAGAGUACCAAAAAAAGUUGGUUGCCUAUGCCGGCGAACAAAAAGCCAAAGAUAUAAUAAACGAAAGUCUCUACAUAAUUAGCGUCGGAACAAAUGACUUUCUCGAAAACUACUAUACUCUUCCUCGGACACGCUCCAAAUAUAAGUCUAUCGUCCAAUUCCAAGACUUUUUGAUCGGCAUGGCCGAGAAGUUUGUCCGAGAGUUACAUGGUUUGGGAGCUCGAAAAAUGUCCUUGACCGGCUUACCCCCGAUGGGGUGCCUUCCGUUGGAACGGGCAAGAAACUAUGUCAACGGGAAUGGGGACGGGUGCUUCGAUGGAUAUAAUGUCGUCGCUCUUCACUUCAACCAGAAGUUGAAUGGAUUGGCUGAGAAAAUGAAUGGUGAAUUGGAAGGGAUAAGGGUCGUAUUUUCGAACCCUUACGAUGUGUUUAUGGACAUUGUUAAAAAGCCUUCACAAUUUGGGUUUGAUGUGGCAUCGGUUGCUUGUUGCGCAACGGGAGUAUUUGAGAUGGGAUAUUUGUGCGACCAAAUGAAUCCUUUUACGUGUUCGGAUGCAAGCAAAUACGUGUUUUGGGAUUCUUUCCAUCCGACUCAGAAAACCAGUUCCAUCGUCGUCGAUUACAUGAUGAAACAUAGUUUGCAUGAAUUUUUAUAAAUGCAUGUACUUGUUGAUUAUUGCCAUAAUUAUUGUGUGUUUAUAUUAGUUAUGUGCUAUAAUUAUAUAAAGGAAGUGGAUUUCAUAUAAUUAAGUAUGUUUUGUGUGGUUGUGUGAAUAUUUACACUUCUAAGAGAAUAAUAACGUGAUUUUCGUUUGAAUAUAAA